AUGAUUGUUGAGCAAUUAAUCAGAGAUAAUCAAGAGUUAUAUCAUAAUUCAAUAACUCAUAAUUUGCCCUAUGAGAUUUUACAAGGAACACUUCCAGAUUCAAAAUUAUACAUAUAUUUAUCUCAAGACUUACAAUUUUUCAAUCUUAGUUUAAAUUUAUUAGGUAAAACAUUAGCAUAUUGUACUGAUUCAAAAUCUACAAUUGUAUUAGCUAAACAGAUUGGAUUCUUAUCCAAUAAUGAAAACGAUUACUUUAGUAAAGUAUUAUCAGAAUUAAAACAAUAUGAAAAAGAAGUUUCAAUUUCUAAAGUUGAUGAGUACUUAAAAUAUUUAAAAUAUUUAAUUUUUGAAUGUGAUUCAUACAUUGAAUUAAUUACAUUUGUAUAUACAAUGGAAAAAGUAUAUCUCGAUUGGCCAGCUCAAUUAAAACAAGAUAAGAUUUUACCAUAUAAAUAUCAAGAAUGGAUUGCGUUACAUAGUGGUGAAGAAUUUGAAAAAUGGGUUCAAUUUUUAAGUUUUGAACUUGAAAGAGUAGUUAAAUCGGAUGAUGAUAUGCAGUUAUGCAAUUCAGUAUUCAAAAAGACGGUUCAAUUGGAAACGGACUUUUUUGAAAGUUGUUAUAAUUAUGAAUAA